AUGGCGCGACUGAACUGGCUGGGUAUGAUACUGCGCUCGUUGCUUCUCGUCUCGUCGGCUCUAGCAGAGACAUGCUGGCGUAAUACCUCCUGUUCCGGGCCGACAGACACUGCAUUCAGCGGGCCAUGGGAAAAGAACAUCUUCGCACCAGCAUCGCGCACAGUCCGACCAGCCAAAACUCUAACAGAGCUGAAGAAAAAUGCCAUCACAGACACGUCCCAUCCAUACAAAGUCACCUUACAGGGCAACGGCUCACUAAUCGUAUUCGACUUUGGCAUUGAAGUGGGCGGUAUAGUCCAUCUGAACUAUACCUCGACCGGGAGCGGAGCAUUAGGGCUCGCAUUCACAGAAGCCAAAAACUGGAUCGGAGAGUGGUCAGACUCAUCAAAUGCCCUUUAUCACGAUGGAGCACUAUAUACCAAUUUCUCAUCGACCGGAAAAGGAAGCUACGACAUGCCAGACAAAUGCCUGCGCGGAGGAUUCCGAUACUUAACCAUUUUUUUGCUCACAGACGACUCGACCAUCGUGAAGAUCGAUGAUUUAAACUUGGAACUCGCGUUCCAACCUACUUGGUCAAAUCUCCGAGCUUAUCAGGGUUAUUUCCACUGCAGUGAUGAGCUUUUGAAUCGCAUCUGGUAUAGCGGGGCCUAUACUCUGCAGACAAAUGAAGUACCCGUGAACACCGGCCGUGUGACGAAGGGUGUUACUUCUGGCUGGGUGAAUAACGGGACUAUGGGCCCGGGAGAUACCAUUAUUGUGGAUGGCGCGAAACGGGAUCGUGCGGUGUGGCCUGGUGAUAUGGGAAUCGCGGUGCCUUCGGCAUUUGUGAGCUUGGGGGACCUGGACAGCGUUAAAAAUGCGUUGCAGAUUAUGUACAACACACAGGACAAAACAACAGGUGCAUUUGAUGAAUCUGGGCCUCCGCUCAGUCAGAAAAACUCGGACACAUAUCAUAUGUGGUCGAUGAUUGGCACCUACAACUAUGUGCUGUAUACCAAUGACACCGACUUCUUGCUACAAAAUUGGGAGAGCUAUCAGCAUGCUAUGAACUUCAUCUAUGGCAAGGUAAGCUACCCUAGUGGGCUCUUGAAUGUGACGGGCACUCGAGACUGGGCUAGAUGGCAGCAAGGCUAUAACAACUCAGAGGCACAAAUGAUCCUCUAUCAUACCUUAAACACAGGAGCAUCUCUUGCUUCCUGGGCUGGAGACACAACCAACCUAUCAAGCACCUGGGCCUCACAAGCCGCAGACCUGAAAGAAGCAAUCAACACUUACUGCUGGGAUGACUCAUACGGCGCAUUCAAGGACAAUGCAACAGAUACCUCUUUACAUCCGCAAGACGCAAACAGCAUGGCCAUCCUCUUCGGGGUCGUAGACAAAAGGCGCGCAGCCAGCAUCUCAGAAAAACUUCUCGUAAACUGGACCCCAAUAGGCGCCGUCGCUCCAGAGUUACCGGAGAACAUUGCGUCCUUCAUUUCCUCCUUCGAAAUCCAAAGUCACUUCGUUGUUGGGAAUCCUGACCGUGCACUUGAUCUCAUUCGUCGAAGCUGGGGCUGGUAUAUCAACAAUCCAAAUGGUACAGAGAGCACAGUGAUCGAGGGCUAUAUUCGGAACGGGACCUUCGGGUAUCGGAUGGACCGUGGGUAUGGCUAUGAUCCGUCUUAUGUCUCCCAUGCACACGGUUGGUCUGCGGGUCCGACAUCUGCUUUGACUGAAUAUAUUGUUGGUCUUACGGUUACCUCGCGUUUGGGACUGACGUGGAAGAUUGCGCCCCAGUUUGGAGAUUUGGAGUCUGCUGAGGCGGGUUUUGUUACCUCUCUUGGGAAGUUUCAGGCAUCUUGGAGGAAGGGGUCCAGCGGAUAUACGUUGAGCUUUUCGGUGCCGAAGGGUACUGUCGGUCAGCUUACUUUGCCUUUUGUCACUGCGUCUAAGAAGCCUUCGAUCACCAUUGAUGGUGACCGCUUGACGCGAGGGUUGAGCUACGUUGAUCAUACUGUAACUGUGAAAGUUACUGGUGGUUCUCAUAGAGUAGUAGUGAAAUAG